GUCCAGCACUGAUGCCUCGAUUUACGGUCCACGUUCGGGACGAGUGGAUUACCGUCCCAUGCAAAGAUGCCACCAGCACUGUCAAAUGGUUGGGUUUUGAAGCCCUUAAACGCUAUGUCAAGAACAAACCCGACAACGGAGGAAUCAAGCAUGUCAAAGAAGUGUGUUUCGUGGUCAGGAGGUGUCAGGGUUUUGGGCUUCUGGACAAUGAUGAUAUCGUAGAAGAUGUGCUCGAGGAUAAUGACUUUGUUGAGCUUGCUAUUGAAGGAGAUACAAUGUCACAAGAUUUCAUUCCAAGUCAGCCUGCGACGUCGCAUCUAACAAGAGCAUACAGAGAACCAGAACAACACAUUACUCUGGAUGGGAACAGCCUGACCUCAACCGAUCUGGUGAAUUUGGGGAAAGGCCUCUAUAAGAUUAAGCUGACCCCAGAGGCCGAGCAAAAAGUUGUCGAAUCCAGAGAGCUUCUGGACACUAUUGUGAAAGAAAACAAAGUUGUGUAUGGCAUCACUACAGGGUUUGGUAAAUUUGCACGGACUGUCAUUCCAGUCAGCAAGCUCAAGGAACUUCAGGAAAACCUUCUGCGAUCACACUCAUCAGGUCUGGGAAGCCCUUUAAGUCCCGAAAGAACCCGAAUGCUGCUCGCUCUGAGGAUUAAUGUUUUGGCCAAAGGACACAGCGGGGUUUCACCGGAGACGCUGCACAGCAUGAUACAGGCCUUCAACGCCUCCUGUCUAUCCUACGUCCCGGAGAAAGGUACGGUAGGAGCGAGCGGAGAUUUGGCCCCUUUGUCUCACCUCGCCCUCGGCCUGAUGGGAGAAGGCAAGAUGUGGUCGCCUAAAAGCGGCUGGGCGGAUGCCAAAUACGUCUUGGAGGCGCAUGGUCUGAAGCCCAUAUCUCUGAAGCCAAAGGAGGGUCUGGCUCUGAUCAAUGGGACACAGAUGAUCACUUCUCUGGGAGCAGAGGCCGUGGAGAGAGCGGAGGCCAUCGCCCGACAGGCUGACAUCAUCGCUGCCCUGACCCUGGAGGUCCUUAAGGGCACCACCAAAGCCUUUGAUAGUGAUAUUCAUAAACUGCGACCUCAUCCAGGACAGAAUGAAGUGGCCAUGCGCUUUCGCUCGCUGUUGGACUCUGAUCACCACCCUUCUGAAAUCGCAGAGAGCCAUAGGUUUUGUGACAGAGUUCAGGAUGCCUACACCAUGCGCUGUUGUCCACAGGUCCACGGAAUCGUCAAUGACACGAUUGAGUUUGUCAAGAAAAUCAUUAAUACAGAAAUCAACAGUGCCACAGAUAAUCCUAUGGUGUUUGCAGAGAGAGGCGAGACCAUAUCAGGUGGAAACUUCCAUGGAGAAUAUCCAGCAAAGGCUCUUGACUAUUUGGCAAUCGGGGUCCACGAAUUGGCCUCCAUCAGCGAGAGACGCAUCGAACGUCUCUGCAAUCCCUCUCUCAGUGAAUUACCUGCAUUUCUGGUUAACGAGGGAGGCCUGAACUCUGGAUUCAUGAUUGCUCACUGCACCGCUGCAGCUCUCGUUUCAGAGAACAAAGUGCUUUGCCACCCCUCCUCCAUUGACUCUCUGUCCACUAGUGCAGCCACUGAGGAUCACGUGUCCAUGGGAGGCUGGGCUGCGCGCAAAGCCCUCAGAGUGGUGGAGCAUGUCGAACAAGUGCUGGCUAUUGAAUUGUUAGCUGCCUGUCAAGGUAUUGAGUUUCUACGCCCGCUACGCACCACAACCCCGCUGGAGAAAGUGUACGACCUCGUGCGUGCUGCAGUAAAGCCCUGGAUUAAAGACAGGUUCAUGGCUCCAGAUAUUGAAGCAGUCCAUCGGCUUCUUGUAGACCAGAAGGUGUGGAACAUUGCAGGGCCGUACAUUGAGAAAUACUGUAUGGAGUACAUCCCAGAAUCUCGGCCCUCAUCCCCCACGGCCUUCGCUCUGGACCCGCCCCCGUCACCACGGAAACGGGUCAGGCUGGAGUGACAGGGAUGGCGUCCUGCUGACAUCGUCCUAUAGUCUCGCAUUCAAUACAUUUAUCAUACAUUUAUAUCAAGCAAGCUUCAGCACGUUUGGGAUAUUUUUUGAACAGAGAGAAUUGUGAGAUGCUAAACGCUGUAAGACUCGAUCCUGUGCUGUAAGACAUGAUCAUAUUUUGCCAUCUGUCGCUCCUUAUGCAGCUUUUUGUGUGGUGUUAGGGAAUAAAUGUCUUGUGAUUGCA